AUGGACCACUUCCGGCAGGCCAAGACAGCCAUCCUUAGUAUAAGGGGACCCCCUACUCCUGUACAUCAAUCUACUUCCUCAAAGCCAAGCUUUGCUAUUCCAACAGUCCAGGCAGCUGUUUCUACUGGAGCUGCCAUUGAUUCCUCACUUACCCCUACUGUGGCAUCUAUUGCUCCCAGAACUCUGAACCUGACUUUCGGAGUCCUACUUCCCUUCCAUCACCUUCUCCUUGCCAACUUCCAAGAGGUUAUCCCACCUCCAGCUCUGACACCACCUUUGGUCCGACUCCAGAACAUUCCGGGUCCGACCUCAUCCUCGACACCUUCCAGACAAGCAUGCAACACCUAUGCUCCCGACUCCGGAACCUCCAGUCUUAGCUCCAACCUUGGACUUUGA